UCUCUAUGGUUGCAGGAACCGGAAAUGCUCUACGACGUUAGCAACGCACCUAGAAAACAGAAGUGACGUGAGGAGGCGGUGCGGCGCUCGGUUUCAAGAUGGCGGUGGCGUAGGCCCCGAGCGAGAGGCGAAGGUGAAGGCCUCCCGCCCCCGGCCCAAGGAGAGCGAGGAGAGCGCGCGAGCCGCCGGGGCGCGCGGCCCUGCGGCCCUCGCUGACUCCAGCGAGCAGCCGAAAGGUGAAUUCGAGGAUAUUUCGAGGCUCUUCUUCCCCGCUUCCUCAUCCCUGGUCCUCCACUUCCGGACGCCUGCGCGGUCCUUUUGAAGCAUCCGGGGAGAGAUCCUCCCCCUGGCCUCAGGUGGCGGCGGGAUACAGCUGAUUCGGGCCUCGCCGACGAAAGGAGGCCGGCACGGGGUCGGGUUGCUGACUCGCUUGGGCUGGUUUGUGGCUCUCCUGUUGCACUGGGUUUGGGGAAGGCUUGUUGUCCUCCCUUGUGGGCCCGAAGUCGGGGGGUCACUCGUCACCGUGGGUCCUCCCCAAGGCCUGGAUGCCUUUUGUGGCUGCCCCUGCUGUUGCUGCCCGUUCUAGGUUUUUUCACCCCCUUUAACUAAACCAUAUAAUCUGUGAAAAUGGGGAGGAGAUCUACAUCAUCCACCAAGAGUGGGAAGUUCAUGAACCCCACUGACCAGGCUCGAAAAGAAGCUCGGAAGAGGGAAUUAAAAAAGAAUAAGAAACAACGAAUGAUGGUACGAGCUGCAGUACUAAAGAUGAAGGAUCCCAAACAGAUUAUUCGGGACAUGGAGAAAUUGGAUGAGAUGGAGUUCAAUCCAGUACAGCAGCCGCAGCUAAAUGAAAAGGUGCUAAAAGAUAAGAGGAAAAAACUUCGUGAAACUUUCGAGCGCAUUCUCCGACUCUAUGAAAAGGAAAAUCCAGAUAUCUACAAAGAACUUAGAAAGUUAGAGGUGGAAUAUGAGCAGAAGAGGGCUCAGCUCAGCCAGUACUUUGAUGCUGUAAAGAAUGCUCAACAUGUCGAAGUGGAAAGCAUCCCCUUGCCAGAUAUGCCUCAUGCUCCUUCUAACAUCUUGAUCCAGGACAUCCCGUUGCCUGGUGCACAGCCACCCUCUAUUCUCAAAAAAACAUCUGCUUAUGGGCCUCCCACCAGGGCAAUUUCUAUACUUCCUCUUCUUGGACAUGGUGUUCCUCGUUUGCCUCCUGGCAGAAAGCCUCCUGGCCCACCCCCUGGUCCACCUCCUCCCCAAGUUCUGCAGAUGUAUGGCCGUAAAGUGGGCUUUGCCCUAGAACUUGCCCCUCGUCGUCGAGAAGAGGAUAUUUUAUAUAGUCCAGAACUUGCUCAUCGAGGUCAUGAUGAUGAUGCUUCCAGCACCAGUGAAGACGAAGGUUAUCCUGAAGACAUGGAUCAAGAUAAGCAUGAUGACAGCAGUGAUGACAGUGACACUGACAGGUCAGAUGCUGACAGUGAAGGAGAGGAGUUCAUGCAUCGUGAUGAGGAAGAGAGAGAGAACAACGAGGACAAAAAGUCAGGUCUCAGUGUACGAUUUGCUGAUAUUCCUGGAAAAUCACGAAAGAAAAAGAAAAACAUGAAGGAAUUAACACCUCUUCAAGCAAUGAUGCUUAGAAUGGCAGGUCAGGAAAUUCCUGAAGAGGGCCGAGAAGUGGAGGAAUUUUCAGAGGAGGAGGAUGAUGAUGAUUCUGAUGACUCUGAGUCAGAGGACACAGCACAGCAGCAACACAAAGAAGAAUCUCUUCCUGAUGGGGCAUCGUCAUCUCCUGCUUCCCAACAACAGCAGCCACCGCCACAGUCCGUUCCUCCGGCUCAAAUACAGGCACCUCCCAUGCCAGGACCACCCCCUCUUGGACCACCACCUGCUCCACCAUUACGACCACCUGGGCCACCCACUGGCCUUCCUCCUGGUCCACCUCCAGGUGCACCUCCAUUCUUAAGACCACCUGGAAUGCCAGGACUUCGAGGACCUUUACCUCGGCUUUUACCUCCUGGUCCUCCACCAGGCAGGCCUCCUGGACCACCACCAGGCCCCCCUCCUGGUCUUCCUCCUGGUCCUCCUCCACGAGGUCCACCGCCGAGGCUACCUCCCCCAGCACCUCCAGGCAUCCCUCCACCUCGUCCUGGUAUGAUGCGCCCACCUUCGGUGCCUCCCCUUGGAGGUGCUCCACCUGGACUUUUUCCACCAGCUCCCUUGCUGCAUCCAGGGGUUUUAAGUGUCCCACCUAACUUGAGACAGAGACCCAAAGUGGAUGAUACCAGUGCAGCCACUAUUGAGAAGAAAGCCACGGCAACCAUCAGUGCCAAGCCGCAAAUCAACCAUCUUAAGGCAGAAGUUACCAGAUUUGUGCCCACUGUGCUGAGGGUUCGACGAGAAAACAAAGGAGCUACUGUUGCUCCCCAAAGAGAGUCGGAAAAGGAUUCUACUUUACCCCUUGCCAAAGCAGUUCCUAAAUCUGGCCCCUCUGCUUCUCUUUCAGUACAAACCAAGGACCAUGUAUAUGAAGCCUUCAUGAAAGAGAUGGAGGGGCUACUGUGACAGCCUUUGAUGCCAAGGGAAG